UGGAAGGACCAGUGCUGCCCAAAAAGUGCCUGAAUAAUAAGAGAACUGUGGCGCUAGUCUAGCUUUGCUUUUUUCUUUGUGUUGUCCGUUUUUGGAUGAUUAACAUAUUAACGGGAGCAACGGUUAACUCAUGAACGUGUGUAAUAAAUGAGAACGAGGCAUAUUUCUGUUUUACUAGACUAAGAAUCCGUGAUGUAUCACAACAGCUCACAGAAGAAGUUCUGGACCUUCUCGAGCGAAGAGCAUUUGGAGCAGCUGCGGUACGAAGCCAAUCAGAGGCUUCGGGCGAAGGUUCUCGGCAGCGCGAGGGAUCUGACGGCUUUCAGUGAAUCUUUGUUCUUGGACCCUUUGGAAGAAGCUGUACUUUUCAGACACUAUGAAAGGAGGCUCCUUGACUUUUGCACUAAUUUCAAGCCAGUGAUGCCCAAGUCUGUUGUGGGCACGGCGAAUAUGUAUUUUCGACGAUUUUACGUGAAUAACUCAUUAAUGGAAUACCAUCCACGGAUCAUCAUGCUCACCUGUGCUUAUCUGGCCUGCAAGGUGGAUGAGUUCAAUGUAUCAAGCAGCCAGUUUGUUGGGAACCUGCAGGAGACCUCUGCAGGACAGGAAAAAGCUCUAGAGCAGAUUCUUGAAUAUGAGCUGCUUCUCAUCCAGCAGCUAAACUUCCACCUAGUGGUCCACAACCCUUAUCGACCUAUGGAAGGCUUCCUCAUUGACCUCAAGACCAGGUACUUGACACUGGAGAAUCCAGAAAUGUUAAGGAAAACCGCUGACGACUUCCUUAACCGAGCCAUGUUGACAGAUGUCGGUCUUCUCUUCUCUCCGUCGCAAAUCGCUUUGACUGCUGUACUGAACAGUGCCUCCCGAGCCGGCAUCAACAUGGAGAGUUAUCUGACAGAAUGCUUGGGUCUCAAAGAGGACAAGGAAACGCUAUCUAAGAUGAUUGAUUCAAUGAAACGUAUAAAAACUCUCUUAAAGAAAUAUGAACCGCCAAACCCAGAAGAGGUCAGUACCUACAAACAGAAACUUGAAAGGAUACACACUGAAUUUAUCAUCAACACAAACUCAAAACGAAAAAGAGGAUACGAAGAUGAUGACCAUGUGACAAAAGAGCAUCCUGUUGCAGAGGAGGAGGAGUGGACCGAUGAGGACCUUGAAUGUCUGAGGAGCUGAAGCCCAAUAUCUGUCUGUUUGCGCUUUCACAAGCUAGUGUUUUAAAGGUCUUAAUCCCCCCCAUGUUAUGCUGUAGCACCUUUGUCAGAUCGCCUGUUAUGUUCUUUGCAUAUUUCUUUUCCUGUAUUUUUGCAGGUUUAUAAAUAAAACUGUGGUACAUCACAUUUUUAUAACAUUACAGAAAUUGCAGUCGGUUUACUCAGCACAUUUUGGGUAGAGAUUACCUAGAUAAUUCUUUUUGCUCUGAAAAGUGUUGAUGUAGUAGUGACUCAUACUGUGGCAGCUUGCCCUGUGCAUACUUUCCUCUAGCAUUUUCCAGGCUAUACAUGUAAAGCAGACAAAAAGCAUCUUUUUGUAAGAAAGAGAUCCACAUCCAUUCAUUAGUUAUGAAUAAGUUUGUCCCGUGCAGGGUCUUUGUGUUCCACAGCUUAUCCCAGAAACAUGUAAUGUAAUUCAGGGUAUACUCUAGAUGGGACACCAGUCCAGUGCAGGGUAAUCUCACACAUCUUACAUCCUAAAUUCUUUACAAGCAGAGGAACAUUGAAAUCUAGAAUUUUCAAAUCUCACCAAAUUUACAUCAUGUGAUGAAUAAUGGUUACAAAGAAUCACACAUACUUUCAUUUCCUGUUUUGUACUAUUUGUUUUUGAAAUUCACCCCAUCUAGAAAAUUGACUGGGGUUUAAACUUCAAAUGGGUUGAAAAUGCAUGUCCCUAAUUAUAUUGUUCGCAAAUUCACUUUUCAUGUAUAGCUACUGGGGGGGCAUGGGGGCACAGCGGGUUUGGCCAGGGCCUGCUCUCC